AUGGCGCCGCAACAUGUUGAGAUCGCGGAGACUAUCGCUGCCAUCAAAAGGACUUUGCGCCGUGAGAAAGAAGCUCCCACUGACCAGACCAUCACGUCGGCCACGAACCGAGGAAAUAAAUUGAAAAGAGGUGCAAGCUCUGUUCAUGCCGGCGCUCUCCCCUAUCCACACGGUCCCGAGGGAUAUAAGGAGAAAAUCGACCACGCAGGGUAUUCUCGAUAUAUCCUGGAUCGCAAUCCUAAACGCUUCAACGAAUACGGCGACGAACUCGAGGACAGCGAGAGCGAUGCCGAGGCGGAUGCUGAUGCCGAAGACGAAAAUCCCUACUCUGGCAUCAAACUUGAAGAGCUUCUUUGCCCUUUGAAACACCCUUCCGAGCUUGCUUCUCAUCCUACUCUCUCCAUACCGUACCUCGAUGGUGCGCUUCCAGACCUAAUCGUCUCGGUCGAAACGAAACUGCGUCAAGAAAAGGCAAAUUUAUGGAGGGCCAAGAGUCUGAACAGACAAUUCAUGGGAGAUGAGGCGUGGGUGCCCUGCGCCAAUGUUGAAGGCCCGGAAGAUUUGGACCUGUUUGAACCAAAGUCCAAGCUUCCUCUUCAACACGCAGGCAAUAAGAGGAAGCGAGAUCACGACCACGAAAUUUCUCAAAAUGGUAUCAAUGGCCAUGAUUAUGCCGCCCAAAACGACCUAACUACCCGUCAAGCUGAUAACACAAUCGACGUCGACGCCGAGGCCGCCCGACGAUUAGACCAAGAGAGUGAAGCUGACCACAAGAUGGCACCAGCAAUCGAAGAAGCGACGAAAGAGCAAGCAAAGCAGGAAAUGGACGACGUACUAGCAAAUACGGAAGCCGGCCACCCAGAGCAAGCCAAACCCCUUCCAGCCGAGAAGACGAAGGAGGUUCCAAUUCAGGAUAAUGACAAAGAUCAGAAAGAAAAUGGUGACGACGAGAUGGAAGUCGACGAAAAAGGAGAAGAAGGCGGAGAAGAAGGACCAAAAGAGAAUGAAGCAGAAGAUCAAAGCAUGUCCGAGGAAGAAGAACAGCCGCAACCAACUCGAAGAAUUACACGGGCUUUAGCAGCGGAGCAUACGGCAUCCACCACUGCAAGCCCGCCCGUGUCACCAAACUCUACUACCUCGACCGUUGAUGCCUCGUUGCUGCAAGCCGACCCUCUGUUUCUCCUCCCGCCCUCACUGGCUGCCAACCACAGAGUCCCCAACAGUCUAUCGCGACUCGGCCUACCCGUCGAAGAGUUUCUCGAGACCCGCCGGUUUCUGUCCAUGUACAUCCAGAAGCAAGAAGAGACUGUGCGGGGGUUCGAAGCCGUCCUGGCCAAGUUGAUCAAGGCUAAGAGAAUGCGCGACAAUGUCUGGGAAUGGUGCAAGACCGAGGGCCACGUAGGUGAAUGGUCCGACGGCGAGGACUGGGUCGAUGCCGAGGCGUGGGGUCUGGAGCCAGAUGAGCUCAAGAAGGGCAAGGACGAAGAAGAAGUCGAGGGUCAAGAAGACACUGGUCGGAAGGGCAAGAGGAGAAGAAGGGAUUAG